CUCAAUGCGAUCGAAUCUGAUAUUUUAAUUAUAUUUUUGUUUGUCUUCUUUCUUUCCCUGAAUAAACUCACAGGCCUACCUGCAACUUACCUUAUCUUGUACAUACCUGUCAGGUACCAAACACUUACACAACAGUCCGCGAUGUCCAGGAUGUUCACGAUGUCUAUUUAGCUGUUUAUCCUUCACUCCAUCCAUUCUUAAGCAUCAUCUAGUGACAAAGAUAUGCAGUAUAUGCCAUACCUACCUAGUGCCUACCUACCUAGUACACAUGUAGCACCUAGUAUUCAUUGUGUUGUUUAUCUUCACCGAAUUUGACCAAUCCAAAGAGGCGCCUCCCAGCGAGCUUCAAUAGAGCCCCGCGCAUUUUCACCUCAUCCAUUUUCUAACUAACUUCUAUGGUUGACAAAGUCCCAAUCAUCGCAUACUAUUCACUCGUUGCUUAACUCUCUUUCUCUUUGAGAAAUAUCCUAUUAAUCCACCACACACACCAACAAACCACAGAGAUAGGUCUCUUAACAAAAUAAAAAAAGGACACAUAGGCGACAAGACCUUUUUCGCCACUCCUAGUCCUCCUAGUCGAUAUUAGCUACCUGCCUAAUAAAUUUUUGCAUGAAUUUCUAUCUCUCUACACUGACUAUGUCCUUUCUGGAUUGAGCCUCUACCAUGGAGGGAGACUCUGAAAGUGGCCCCUCAACCGGCCAGACAUCCGGAUCGUCUAGACCCACCCCGAAACAUGAAGCGCCUGAAGCUUCCGGCGUAUCUGGUGGUGGUGCUGCGAGCUCUCAGUUGUCGAAGCGAAGGAGAGGUCUAGGCGUCGUCACGCCUAAUGCAUGUACCGAAUGUCGAAAGAAGCGCGCAAAGUGCGACGGCCAGAAGCCAUGCGGUCGGUGUAAGACACAGAAGGAUGUCGAAUGUAUAUACGAGAUCCCCGUGCGACAAUCCAAGGAGACAUUGCGCCACGAAAUCGACGCUCUGCGACGUCAGCAACGCCAAAGCAACUCUGUUCUAUCUGCUCUCGUCCGCCCCGAACUAGUCGAGGAGAUCUUACAGAGGCUCCGGCAAGGACAGUCUGUGCAAGGCAUCUCUGAAUGGCUAGAUGCUGGUACUGCUUUCCCAUCUACUAGGAGUAACCUGCCUAGCUUUGCGCAACCAACCGAGCCGAGGAGCGGAGUAGCCGUAGCCCCUAUGACGACCUAUGGUGGAACGUUGCCAGGCGCUGGAGGCUAUAAUGGCAUAGGAAUGAGUCCAGUCACGGGCCAGGCGCACGGCAUGAACCAGGAAUUCGAGUCUAAUAGCCUGUGGAAUUUCUCGGGGCAGAGUCAGACUGUGUCGACUCGUAGCGACUCACACCCUGAUAUCAUGCAAUGGACGGCCGAGGCCCCUCCAUCCUCGCGUGUCGGUAUGUGGCUACAAGACCAAUCUUCGCCAACUACAGAUGCGCCUCGAUAUCGCGGAGUUGAUCAAGUCUUAGCACCUUUGAAUUCUCCCGAGAUGAAGAUCGCCACUGGAACAUGGACCAGCGUUACCACUGAUGCUGCUCUAAUGCAGCAUCUUCUUGCGCUCUACUUUUGUUGGGAAUAUCCAACAUUCGCCUCUUUUAGCAAGGAGCAUUUCCUCAAAGACUUUCAAAAGUUGCGCAAUCGGUACUGCUCGCCGAUACUAGUUAACGCUCUCUUAGCUCUCGGGUGUCGAUUCUCAACCCAGCCAAAUACGCGCGCAAAUCCAAACGAUCCCCGUACGGCGGGUGACCACUUCUUUAAGGAAGCUCAAAGGCUUUUUUAUCGAGAAAAUAAUCAUCACAAUCUAACCACGAUUCAAGCACUAGGAAUAAUGUCGAUUCGAGAAGCAAGCUGUGGAAGGGAUUCCGAGUCCUGGUAUUACGCCGGACAAAGUAUACGACUAGCGGUCGAGAUGGGACUACACCGAAUUCAGAACGAGGGCGACGAUGACGAGAUAGCCGUCCAGGGCGCGACAUUCUGGGGCGCUUUUGCUUUGGAUCACGCAUGGUCCCUCGCGACUGGCUCUUUGCCUCAAUGCUCUUGUUUCCCGCAUUUGCCGCCUAAACCCGCUGUUAUCGAUGAUAUAGAAGCUUCUUUAUGGGUACCAUAUACCGAUGACGGGGCUCCUCUCCAACGGUCUUGUGAGCAACCAUCUAACGUCCGAUCCGUCUACAAAUGCUUCUGCGAGCUUAGCGAGCUAGUCCACCAGUCGCUAUACGUCUUACACUCCCCCGGAAAACCAGUUUCAAGUCGAGAUUUACUCAGCAUCUAUACACAAUAUUUGAACUGGUACGACAGGAUCCCCGAGGUUCUUCGACUAGGGCACAAUUUUACACCUGCUGUACUUUUCGCCCACAUGUACUAUCAUUUUGCUAUCCUCCUCCUAUUCCGGCCCCUCAUAAAAUUACGAAUUAUUGGUUCAGGUAUCCUUCCACGUGACGUCUGCGUUCAAGCCGCCGAUGCCAUCCAAGGCCUGCUUCGAUCAUACUCUCAAUUGUAUACGCUAAGACGAACACCAUCGUUUGUACCAUACUUUGUCCUCACGUCUUCUAUCAUGCACCUCGCCAUUGGCGCAGAGGCUAUUAGGGGACAACCUACUUCUCCGACAGAAAUGUCGGAUCCCUCGACGGUUAAGCCCGAAGAUACUGAUAAUGAGCAUAGUCUAAGACGUUUAUCUACUAGCCACAGGGACGAAGCAGAGCCGACGUCCCCGUCGAGCACAACCACCGCGAAAUUAAGUCCCAAGGUGGCAGAAUCCCUUAAGCAGGGGAUUUCACACUUGACAGAGAUGGCACCAUGUCAUCACUUCGCACACCAAGCGCUAAAUAUCUUACAAUUCCUUGCCAAGAAAUGGAACAUCGAAGUAGAUAUCCCACCCGACAGUGGUGUGUCCAAGGAAAUAGACAAUUCAGUUCGGCCAAAUACCAGCAGUCUUAAUUUCUUUGCACCUAACGUCAAUGAGGACGAUUUUCUUUGCGCAUGGGGUACACGAGAUAUCGGCGGCCCAGGGGGUGCGUUCGGAAAGCCUAUCUCUCCAUCGCAAACUCAUUUCGAUCACGCAGAAAAGAUGCAAGGGAUUGUUGCAGAGGGUCAGGCUACAAAUCGAGAAGAACAGUACCCCUUACCCAUUGUCGACUCUGGAAGGGUACGAGGUCCUAUUGCACAUACUGCCAAAAGCCUAGAGAAUCCUCUAUUCUGGCCGUUCCCAAUGCAAGGCCGUCCAAUGCUACCGGAAGGUACUGAACUCGAGAAAGCCGGUUUCCGCCCUUUAUGACCUCGAAUCCUUGGACUCAGCCUCACAACUAGUUGUGGGCAUGGACCCCGAACUGCUUUAUGCCCGAUUCGUGGUUAAAUCAACCGUUGAUUAAAGAGAUUAUCUAGCGUUGGAGUAUUGAAUGUGAGCGGGAGGGAAAUCUGUAACAUGAUUUAUGAAUAUAACUCCUUGGUUUGGGGUGGCGGAUUUUGGGUAAAAAAAAAAACAUGAUCUUGGAGCUUUGGGAUGCCAAUAUUAUGAUACCCUUCACAUACAAACGCGCUCUGGUUUAGACAUAGAUCUAUGGUUGAGUUUGUAACUCGGAAACUCUUCUGUGUCGCUUUUAGACAGAUAAGCGGCAAUACGGUGGAUUUGGGAUGGAAAAUUCAACAACAAGCCCACCCCCCUCAACAUGACCACUUUUUGUGAUCCCUCUGAGUUGUCUGCUAAUCUUGAUUUUCCUUCUUGUCAGGUAUUUU